CGUCGAUGGUGAAGUCUGUCUGAGAACGUUCUCACUCUCGCUCAUCUCUCUCUCUCUCUCUCUGUGUGUGUGUGUCCCUUCUAUUGAGACAACAGCCAGCCCAUGAGAUGAGACCGGGGCCUUCAGCAGCAGCAACUCCACAACCUCCAUAAUCAACAGGAUCACUUUGCACAUCAUGAUUCUAGCCACGGUCAGAGAGAGCGUGCGCAGCAGCUGGGGCAUGUUCAACGCAGUCGAGCGUCGUAACAUCUUCCUAUACAUUCUAGGUAUCGCCUUCUACAAGUUCGGCCUCGAGGCCUUCAAUGGCUCUAUCCUCGCCCUCGCUACAAACCGGUACGACUACGAUGCCUUCUUGAAUCAUAGACCGGCCAAGACCUUCGAGCGAGUUGGACUUCUUAGCGGCCUCAACCAGGCCUGCCAGUGCGUGGGUUCGAUCAUGAUCGCACCCUUGGUCCGUCGGGCUCCAGCCAGGCUUGUCCUGGUUGUUUCUGUUGUCUUGUUCGGCCUGUUCACCGGUAUCCUCAUGGUCGUGGACGCUGCCACUGGCGGAACUAUCAUGCCACCAGAGUUCCGCGGCGACCACCCAGCCAUGGAUUUCCACUACUAUGGAGAUUACAACACCGACGGUAUUAUACCCAUUUACUGUGUCACUGGUCUUGUCUACGGGAUGGUCGAGCUGAUCCGCCGUAUCAUCCCUCGCGAUAUCGUCGGAGGAAACAUUCAAAAGCUUCGUCGACUCGAUGCCAUGGUCCACGUCUUCUACGAGACUUCAGGCACAGCUAGCGCAUUCUGCACUGCUCUGGCCCUCAUCCCGACCCUGGGGAACAACUACUCAUUCAUCAUCACCCCGGUGUUCUUCGCCAUGGCUGGUGCAACCUGGUUCUUCAUUAAGGAGGCAGACACCUUCCAGCCUCCUCCUCCACCGCUCAUGGGCAAGCGACCAACCUACAUCAAGGCAGUGUUUGUCUCCUUCUACCUCUUCGGCGAGUCCAUCUGGACCGGAUCUAAGCUUCUUCUCACCAACCGACGCUUCAUCUGGCUUAUCCCUGGUUACUCAAUUGCCUUCUACGGGCAUCGCUAUCUUGAGAACGGCCUUGCUCCUGCGGUCGCCCGCCGUUACCUCGGUCACUCUGCUUGGGCUAACAUCAUUGUUGGUGGCUCUAACCUGGGUGAAUUGCUCGCUCAAAACGUUUCCCCCCUCGGUGCCGUCAUGGCUUGCCUUUACACCACCUACAUCGUUACAUACGCUAUCAUAUCGCCGCUACUGGGUCAAUACAUCGACUCGGUCUACAUUAAAACUGGUGGCCGUGACGGAGGAGACAUCCAUUCUGCAAUUCACAAUGUUGCAGGUGUGCAAUACAGCGUAAUGGCUAUCAUAAUAUUCACCAGUACCUUCAUUCCAAAAGGAGCCUGGCGCAUCAACCCCAAGAUGCUGUUCAACCAGAACCUCGACGCCGACCUUGAGGUUACUGAAAUUGGAGAUGGCAUCGACCUGAAGAAGAAGAGCCACGAGCGAGAAACUUCGCUCAGCACAAACCCACGAGAUAGAGAGUCAUGGUGA